CGUCAUAAUUACCCCCACAUCGACAUCGUUUCUCAUUGUAAUCUCCGAUUGGUUCGUUGAAGAUUCAAACGGCAGCAGAAUUUUAACAAAAUUAGCCAUCAAAAGCCCCUUUAAUCAAUGAUUAUAUACUAAUCCAUACCGUUCUAAGCUCAGGUGUACUUUAGCUACAGUGAAAUUGAAUGGAGAAUUCGGAGGAUCUUUGCAACAUAGAAGGGAACGGAGAUGGAAGAGGCAAUAACGGAGCUUGCUGUGCGCCGUCAACAUCAGCGGCGGCGAGCAGCUCCGCGUACAAGUUGUUCGGCCGGCAAACCUCUUUUCAUCAGAUGAUGGGCGGCGGAAAAGCUGCUGAUGUUAUAUUAUGGAGGCGGAGGCGUGUCUCUUUUGGCAUAAUCAUUGCUGCUACAGUCGCAUGGCUCAUCUUUGAGUAUUCAGAGUUACCUUUCUUAUCAGUUUCUUCUGAUGUCUUGCUGAUUCUGAUUGUUCUCCUCUUUCUCCGUGCAAACUAUGCUGCCUUCAGGAAGAAACAACUCCCAACAUUACCAGAGUUAGUCUUGUCAGAAGAAAUGGUCAAUAAUGCUGCGGCAUCAUUUCGGGUCAAAAUCAAUUAUAUGCUACUCAUGGCUCAUGAUAUCACUCUUGGCAAAGAUUUCAAACUCUUCUUCAAGGUAGUUAUUAUUCUCUGGCUUCUAUCUGUUAUGGGAAGCCUAAUAUCUUUCUUCACGCUUGCAUAUAUAGGAACAAUUAUAUUCAUUACUGUGCCUGCCUUAUAUAAUAAAUUUGAAGACCACGUGGAUCGAUAUGCUGGGAAGAUCCACAGGCAAUUUUCAAGGCACUACAGAAUAGUGGAUGAGACCAUUAGUAGGUUGCCCCGGAGUAUUACCAAGGACAAAGAACUAUAAAAUCUUUUUACCAAGUAGGAGUAUGUUGAUUUUGAUAAAAGAAAGCUCUUAGUUUGGUGUUGGUCCAUGAAUAAGAUGGAACUCGCAUUGCAUCAUUCUGGUUUGUCUCUCCUCAUUCUCGUUUGCCAUAGAAUGAGGGUGAAUGACUUGAGCCUUUAUUUGAUUUAUCUUGACUCUGCAAAUCUUUUCUGUUUCUAAACUUUUAAGUUGGCAUUGUCAGAAACAAGAUAACGAGGGCAAUUGUCACCGACUUCUCUGUCCUAGUGGGCAGGUGAUAGCGCAAAAACUUGAAACAUCUGGGAGUUCUUUCCAUCAAACUUGUUAACUUUGAUGGAAACAGACGUGUUCGGUGGUUCACACAUGAUAGCAAUAUAUGAGAUGCUAUGUUGACUUUUGCAUUA